GGAGGCUGUCAUGCUGUUUUUACGAUCCAGAAAAUAGAAGAUGUGCUCGUAGGAUAGUGUUCAACAGCAUCAGCAGCAAAGACCUCUAUUGUUACAUUUCACAUUCAAAAUGAUAGAACUGCUAAUGUAAAAGAAUGGGAGACUGGAACUUCCUCGGGGGGAUUUUGGAGGAGGUGCACAUCCACUCCACCAUGGUCGGCAAGAUCUGGCUGACCAUCCUCUUCAUAUUCCGGAUGUUGGUGCUCGGUGUGGCGGCGGAGGACGUUUGGAACGACGAGCAGUCGGACUUCAUCUGCAACACGGACCAACCCGGCUGUCGAAACGUCUGCUACGACCAGGCCUUCCCCAUCUCCCUCAUCCGCUACUGGGUGCUGCAGGUCAUCUUUGUGUCCUCGCCCUCCCUGGUGUACAUGGGCCACGCCAUCUACCAGCUGCGAGCUCUGGAGAAGGAGCGCCACUGCAAGAAGGUGGCUCUCCGUCGGGAGCUGGAGGCGGUGGACGUGGAGCUGGUGGAGGUGCGGAGGAGGAUUGAGAAGGAGAUGAAGCAGCUGGAGCAGGGGAAGCUCAACAAAGCUCCGCUGAGAGGCUCUCUGCUGUGCACCUACUUGGUCCACAUCAUGACCCGUUCCGUGGUGGAGGUCAGCUUCAUGGUGGUGCAGUACUUUCUGUACGGACACCGCCUGAAGCCUCUGUUCAAGUGUGAGAGGGAGCCAUGUCCAAAUGUGGUGGACUGCUUUGUGUCCAGGCCCACUGAGAAAACUGUGUUCAUGAUUUUCAUGCAGAGUAUCGCCUGCAUCUCCCUCUUCCUCAGCAUUCUGGAGAUCAUGCACCUGGGAUUCAAGAAGCUGAAGAAGGGCAUCCUGUCGUACUACCCUCAUCUGAAAGACGACAUGGACGAUUAUUACGUCGACAAGUCAAAGAAGAACUCAGUCGUGCACCAGGUUUGCAUUGGCACGUCUGCGGGUCGUAAGAGUACCAUUCCAACGGCACCAUGCGGAUACACGUUGCUGUUGGAGAAGCAGGGCAAUGGACCUACCUACCCUCUCCUGAAUGCCUCUUCUGCCUUUAUUCCAAUAAAAGGGGACCCUGGUGCAAAGCCGGACGGCCACAAGGAAGGAAAGGAGGGCGUGCCGAGCCCUACGGAGCAGAAUAGCAAUUCCAACAACACGAGCAGCGAGACGCGUUCCCCUCCUGCAGAUAAACAGGAAGAGCCAGAGGAACCCAACCACGGGGACAUGGAGUGUGCCAGCUCUGAGUACCCCACCCUCCCCGUAGCAGACACUUCCUCCUGCACAGCCCUGUCAGGCAUCGUGAGGAAGUCUCGGAGGGUCAGUCCACCGUGGAACUGCUCCACUCUGGUGGAGGGGAAUGGCUCGGACAGUGACUCCUACCACGGGAACAACAGCAGCGUGAAGCUCCGCAGCAGCUGCGUGGGACCCCGAGCCAGGAUGCUCUCCAAAUCAGACAUUAAGAGGCCGAGCAGGUCUCAAAGCCCGGACUCUGCGGGGGAGCUCAGCUCAGUAUCCCGACACAGCAGGGAGAGUAACAGUCCCCCCGCCUCCUCUCCAAACCGUAGAGUAUCAGCGGCCAGCAGUGGCAGCAGCAGAAGAGCUCCAACUGAUCUGCAGAUAUAAACAGUUUGCGCCGACAUGACGACACAAACUAUCAAUAAGUCACGUGUGGAUGCAAGUUGUUUGAUCACUAUAUUCCUGCAGUUUUCACAGAAGUUCUUUGAGCGCACAAGAUUGUUGUUUUUUGCCACUAGGGAUCUCUCGCUCAAAAACUAGUUUGGUUGUGAAGUAUCGCAGGGUUCAUGGGAGUUGAUUUCUUCUCCAACAUUGCAAUCAUUGCAGUGAGCUCCUCACGAAUAGGAUUUGGCUAUUUUUCCUUGUUCUGGAGGUGUUCAAGGGAAGCCCAAUUAUCCACAGAGCUUUCCUGUUGUUCAGAACAAACGGACCCAAUGAGAAAAAACCAUACUAAUAAACAGUCUCAUGUAAAAAUCUUUAUUUGUAGUUUCUAUAGUUAUGUUUGAUGCAGUGGCGGUUGUAGACUCAUUUUAUUGGUGGGGGGAGGCAUGAUGAGGCCAAUAAUUUCAUGAGAGGAGCACAUUUAAUGCAAAAAAGGGAUUACGACACCAUUGCAGAUGUGGAAAAGGACGUAACCUUGGAAAAAAAUACGGAUUUCUCUAGGAUUCAAAAUGACUGAAAGCAUGGGUGAUCUUUUAAGUAAACUACCAAACAUUGUAAUGUGGGAAUGUUAUGUAUACACCUCUGAGAGACAUUAAACAAGUGCAAGAAAAAAAGCCUUUUUUGCCAAUUUAGGAGAUUGCAAUUACUAAACCAAUGAAAAGCCUUUACAUUUUGGGUCAGAUUACAAUGGAAUAUUAUGUUUUGUUACUUCAACAUGUCUGUUAUAGAAUAGAAUAGAAUUACUUUAUUGAUCCCAAUUUGGGAAAUGUUUAUGUUGCAGCAGCAUAAAAACAAGGCAAUAUAGUUACAAUACAAAAUGUAUAUAC